AAAUGGAGCAACAAUUGACAUUUCAAUUGAUACUCAAGGUGCACCCAGUUUGUGCUAAACAUUAGAAAUUUUAAAUCUUGAGAUCGUCACCAACAAUUGACAUUUCAAUUGUUCAUAUAGUAUUCAAUUCAUCUGAUUAAAACCAAAUUAGGGUUUAUAGCUAGAGCUUAUGCAUCUUAUUGCCAGGGAAAGGAACUAAAAGAAUGGCUGACAGAAUAUGGGGAGAAAGGUUCAAGGAAACAAACGGCUCCGUCGGUGGUUGAGACUUGAGAGCCUCCUCAUUAUUUAGUUACUUCUUUAGCCCCGUAACUCCCGUCAGAGUUCUUCCACGUUUACGUCCCGGUUCUCUCCCUCUCUUUCUCUCGCUCACGUUCUGUCUCUAAGUCUCUCUCUUCAUUCAUGGAUGUUUUUGUCCUCAAUUUCUUCCUGGGGCUUUCAUUUGUCAAUGUCUCUCUGCAACCACGGAAACAAACCUCCUUGUAGAAGCUCUAAAAGAGAGUUUCUGGGGAAGCGAGGAGCUUCGAAUGCUGGAAUCGUUCAGACUUCACAGCUUUAAACGCUUCUCUUUUCCAGUUUUUGCGUCCUUUUGUUCCAAAUUUCAAACUCCUUUGUAGGCCCUUUUUACUCUUGAGAGUCCAAGAUGUCUUGUCUCGUGUAUCUACAGAGCUUUUAAUGCCGGCCGUGGCUCGCGUUUGAAUCUUCGCGGUUGCCUGGAUCGUUCAAACAUGUUACAUUUUACGAUUUUUCCGUUCUGUGUUUCGAAUAUAUAAUUAAAAAUCCAGUCUCUCUGUUAAAUCCUUUCUGGGUCCUGAAGGAUUUUGAGUCUCUGUUCGAGAGGUUUGAAGAAAUGGCGAUUGAUCUCUGCUCGGAGAGCUCUGGCCCGGGAAUGAGUCCCAGAAUCUCGUUUUCUCAUGAUCUCCGUCAAUCAGACGUUGUGCCCGUCGAACAACACAACUACCGCACGGAUUCUUCGCUUCUGGAUUUCGAUUUCUGCGUGAGCGAAAGCUUCCAACAAGAAUCGUCCUCUGCUGAUGAGCUCUUCUGCGAUGGAAAAAUCCUUCCAACUCAAAUUAGGCAGAAAUUCGAUCCUCCAAGACAAACCCAACGACCUAAAUCUGCUCCUCCCAACCCUCCUCUACCACCACCGCCACCACCACCGGCAGCAGCAGCAGCAGCAGUAGCGGUAACAGCAGCAACAACAGCACCUCCUGCUCCUGUUAGUUCUAGGACUGAGAAUUCGAAAAAAGAGAGCUUGAAGGAAAUCUUGGAGAACAGUGCAGAAGAAGAGGAAAAGGUACACUCGAAGUCGUUCUGGCGCUUCAAGCGAAGCAGUAGUCUUAAUUGCGGUAAUGGUCACAGGCGGAGUUUAAUUUGCUCUAUACCUCUCUUAUCUAGAAGCAAUUCAACAGGUUCGUCACCGAAUCCAAAACGACCACAACUUUUGAAAGACAAUCACAAGAAUCAACAGAAGCCCCCAGUGAUCACACCUAUAAAAUCUUCCUCUUCAUCUUCUUCUGUUCCUUCCUCGUAUCUGUCAUCUUCCCAUAAGCCUMCCUUGAGAAAGAAUCAAGGAUCCUAUGGCAAUGGGGUUCGAAUUAGUCCUGUCCUGAAUGUCCCACCACCUUAUAUCUCAAAAGGAACUGCUAAUUUGUUCGGUCUGGGUUCACUCUUCUGCAACGGAAAGGAUAAGAACAAGAAGAAAUGAUCGGCAUUCGUCUCCUCACCAACAAUGAAUUCUCUCUCCGAUAAAACCCAGGUUAUAGAUUUCAUGUAUUUAAUUUAGCGUCAACAUGGAUUCAUGAAUUACCGUGUGAAAAAGGCUUCUGAAUCAAUUAUGUUGAAUGAAAACAAUUACAGAGUUUGAACAAACAGUUGGGGUUAUUUAAAAGAAAGAAAAUUGGUAAUUACUGGGGAUUGAGAUUUACAUUAAUGUUGAGGCUGAGGAGAAGCGCAAGAUACUAGAGGGAGAGACGAUCUUGGAAUGGUCAUGUUCAUGUAUAUCAACAUGUCACAGGUUUAGGAGACAGAAUAGCAGGUACCCUUCAUUCAUGGCUGUUCCAUUAUUUCGUUUACUUUUUUUUUUUUUCUCUUUUGGAAAAAUUUACAUGAUUUGGUUUCUUUUGUUUAUUUUUAAAGCUUCUUUCUACACUGUUCAUAGAUACAUUGAUUUGGGUUCUACUUUUUUCUUCCCUGUAGGAGUAAUCUGCUUUAGUUUGGGUGUUCCUUUGUCCUUUGAGAUUAAGACAAAAGGAUUGUUCCUAAGGAGUAGUUUUAGAUAAUUAAAGAAAGAAAUGUAUAAUUAUAGUAUAAUUAUGUUGUUUUAUUAGCUUAGAGAGAGAGAGAGAGAGUCUGAGAGAGACCAUUAAAUUAUUCUAAAGUCAUAACUAUCAUUAUCAAUGUUUCUUUA